AUGCGCCUCUUUGACUCACUGCAAAGCCAUGACGGCAGGCAAAGUGACCUGGGAAGCACGCUGGCCCAGACCGCUAGACUACACACACUUCAACUUGACGAGUACUUGCUCACCCCAGUUACAUCAUGGGAGUUCUCUCCACAGAUUUGGGAACGCACGUCGACAUCAGAACAGCCAGCCCGCCGCCACAUGGCUCAAGAUCUUGAUCUCAAGAUACCUAGCAAUGACUCCUCGAUUGCCAAGCAUAGUCGUGUAGCAAAUGUUAUUUGGAACUCUGGAAGUCUUUGGAACUAUAUCCUGGCUGCUGUAGUCGCUGAAGAAGUGAAAGGUUCAAGUUGUAUCCCUGGUGUGUUCAUCUCAUGGCAUCUGAAGCUCACAGAGACAGCCAGCGUGAUCCAAGACUUUCCAAGGGCGGGGUGGUCUGGCGUUGUCGACGAGGAAAACUUUAGUGCCCGGUUGAGGAGCCAGGAUCAUGAGAGAAAACCAACCCCCGAGAUAAGAGAAAAGACGGAGAGUGCGAGUGAAAGAGAUUAUUCUCGAGUUUCUCGAAAUGAUGUAAAUCUUCAGCUCGUCAUCACGGCUCCGACCUACCCGACGCAGGGUGUGCCAUUCACGUCACACGUAGCCCUACUAGGAGCGGCCACCCCGCGCAACCCGCGGUUCAUCGGCAUUCCCAUCUUCCCCAUUGUCUCUCUCGCGCGGGGUGGCGGGCGCCCACUCAUGAGCAAACAAACAACACCGCUGGUUGGCCGUAUUCCCGCCGCUGGGCUGAUCUGGCUCGUCGGAGUCGCGCCUCUUGGGCAAGCUAAUGUCUUCGUAUAUGCAUAUCGCACACAAGCGAAGCGGCAGUCUAACCUCGCGGUCUCAGUUGCUGGCCAUGGGGGUCGGGCGGGCAGCAGCUUGGCCAACCUCACGGCCACAUCACACAUCACACAUCACACACACUUCAUGGCGGCAGAGACACCCCGCCUGAAGCAACAUCGCGCCCUGCAGGGUUGCGGCACGCGCGAAUUUUCAAGCAGAGGGCCCAGAGAGAGCGUGGGAGGCAGACUGCCCACAAAGGAUUAUAACCCUCGUGCCGAAAGGGCUCAAAGAGGCAACGUCAAUAGAGUGCCAAGGAGCCGCAACACGCCGCAACGUAGCACCAGGCCCCCGGAGGCGGUACGGAAUAAGGGAAAGGAAUGA